AUGCCUCGAUUCAAGCUACUCCCUCCGCGCGAGCCGCGAGAGGAAGAUGUUUUGACUCAACGACGUAAGGCGUUUCGCAACGCCAAAAUCAAAUUAGAGGGAGGAUCACCUUCUGUUGGACGACGCAACCCACCCAGGAUUCGUAGGAAACCUGUGAAGUAUGACUCUCAGAUCAAGAUUGAAGACGAAAUAUCGUGUUUACUGAAGCACGAGGAGGGGACUGAGAGGGUCGAUCCACCAAGGACAAUGCUCCGCUUGCGCCUGCAUACAAACCCCAUUCAAUCAAAACCAAAGAGACUUGGACGACCAAAACUAAGCACGACAAUAGCGAGUAAGACAUUCAAAGCUUUCCCUGCUUCUAGAUUAUCUCAACCCCAAAGCAUUAAACAAUCUCGGUCUAGAUCAUUGGCCAAAAAGGGGGACACAGAAAUAAGCAUGUUGUCCAUAACUCUCGCGCUGCGACAAUUGUAUGUCGCCGCGCAGCACGAUGAUGCCUUGUUGGUGGCCGUCGAUGAAGCCCUGUCAAAUUCGCAGCCUCAUGAGACUUCAUUUGAGACGUGUUUCAAGGAAGCCUGCGAGCUGGUCAGAAAAGACCAGCAGAGGGCUAGAGCUCAAACCCUUGAAAAUUCACAAGCCCAUCAUAGUCUCACAGAGCCGGCAAAUGAUGCGUCGACAAAACCAACGACCGAGCACUUCACUUUUCCCCGUCACGCACCGCCAUUCGCAGACUCAUCAAUGUCAACCGAAGGAAGUCCGGGCCAGAACAAAUCUCCACAAGGUUCAUCUUGGUUAGCAAGGGGCGAGAAAGCUUCGUUUAAAGCAACUUCCAAGAGACAAAGCAAAUAUAUCCCACUGGCCUUCCAAUCUACGCCCCCGCUUGUACCACCACAGCAGACAUCUGUUCCACAUCAGCCAGCCUCGAUAUCAAGCUCUCGGUUGCACGACUCUCCUUCUGAUCAUCCUCUAUUGUCGACUGACCGCAAUCACUUCUCUUUCAUCCCCUGUCAUACUCAUCGUGAUAUCGCUAGCAGCCCCAGAAGUAUUGUCUCUGAUACACUUGAAAACAGUCCACCCAAAGAGAUCGAGGAAAUCUCACGUGAACCUUUCCUUCUCGCUGGUGGGAAAAUGAAGGGUCUACGGCCAUUGCGACCCAAGCCCGCCGUUCCGCAGCAAGCUGUGACGUCCACUGGAUCACCUAGACCGCCUGCAAUCUCACGCGAAACUUCUCGCUCAGAUAGUCGACCAUCUUCAGUAAAUACUUCCGCUACGCGAGUGGCCAUGGCGUCGACUGCAGUGACUGCAUCGCCCAGACUUGUGGAGACUAACAUUCCGCCUUCACCAGAUCUUUCGAUAGUCAUGUGUCGACGGGUCCGCUUCGCUUCGCCUUACGAUCCAACGUCAGCUGCACAAAAUCAAUGCAGCGACGCCAGAAAGAAAAGAAAGCGUCUCGAGGACGGCGACGGAACAAGGCAGAUUGCAGAAGGAGGAGGCCUCAAGAGGAUAGCCAAGAUAGAGGAGCCGGAGACUACAUUGAACAACGUCAGUGUACAGCUUCAAAGCUUCGAUGAAGAAGACGACGAAGACCCACGUGCUAGUCUGCAAGAAAUCCCUUGCAUCGGACACACGGUCAGACAGGAAGUGAAAGAGGAGGAUAACCAACCCGAUAUAUCUUCAGGCGCCAUAGAGGGCGAACAAGCAGCAGCAUAUAAUCGACGUAUGGCGAUUGGACCAAGAACUCCCUCAAUUAGCUCUGAUGAUUCUAAUCAGGACUAUGAAUCGAGUCUAGAGUCGAGGUCACUAAGGAGCAGUCCUGCUUGGUCUCUUCCAGGUCAAGAUCUAGAUGAGGGACCCAUCGAACCACAAGUGAGGCGUGAACAAACAACACCAUCGAGCAGUCAAAUUCGCUUUCACAGUAACCUUCCGAGCGAGCCGCUCGAACAGAGCUCCCUAAAUGGCGAUACUGAGGAUUUUUUAGCUUUCCAAGGACGUGGAUCACUACCCACGAGAAGGCACCAAGUGCAGCCUCAAAGUCCGCAAGCUUGUACACACCCUUGUCCCAUAUGUGACGACAGCGCAAUUCACAAGCUGAUCACAACGAUGGGAGCCGAGUUCCUCGUAAAUCGGGCCGAUGUCGGCCUUUCGCACAAAGAUGCCUUUGCUUUUUGCGACAAAUUUCCCUUUCAUAAAGUGAACAAGGAAAUGCUAGACGACUUGGAGAAGAAGCGUGGCAGACGAUGGGCCAAGACCAUUGAAAAAUGGACAAAGAAGAUAGAGAAUCUCCGGGGCGAAAUUCGAAAGAAUGGGAUUGGAAGACCCCGAGAAUGCAGACAUCGGUGCUUGCGAUGCGAGAGGCAGGCGAUUCGUAGAGAGAUAACCGGAUUACAAGAAGAAUUUGUGGCAAUGUAUGAGGAUCUAGGAAUCACUGUUGAGGAUGCUUUGAUUUUGUGGAACGGUCUUUUGUUGGGAGUAAUUGGGACUAGCGAAUUUCAGCCUUUGUUCAACAAGAUUCUCGUCAAAGGGGGACAGCAGCUUGUGGACCACAUGGACCCUAUCUUCUCGAGUGCUAAGCACUUGAUCAAAAGACUCCGUGCCGCUGGCGACAAGAAAGAAAUCAAAGGCACAUUGACGGUGGAAAUCGAUUAG